AUGAACAUUGACUCACCGGACGGGGUCAGGUCCCCCAGCGCCGCCGACCCCAAACACCCCAAGAAGCUUAUCUUCGCACCAGGCGACAUCGAAACCCCUCCCCCUCCCUCAACUGAAAAACCCCUCCCUCCCGCCGCCGCCGCCGCCACCCCCGAAACCUCAGCAGCCAACAAACAAGCCACCCAAGAAGAAUCCGCCGCAGUCGCAGCCGCAACUGCAUCUGCCGCAUCGGCCCUGCGCACCGAGACCUCCACGCCCACGUCCGCCACCGAGCAAGACCUGGUGGCGCACGCGGCGCGCGCCCACCAAUUCGUCUCGAACCCGCCGCUGACCGUCUCGCAGCUGCACCCGACCAACCCGCUGCACCAGUUCCACUCGUGGUUCCGCGACCCCCGGCUGCUGCCGGCCUCGGCGCCGGAGACGUGCACCCUGGCCACGGCGGCGUUGCCGUCCGGCCGCGUCAGCGCGCGCGUCGUGUACCUGAAGGAGCUGGAUGAGCGCGGGUGGACGGUGUACAGUAACUGGGGCAGUCGGGAGGGGAAAGGGCGGGAUGUUUUUGGGGAAACAGAUGAAGAGGAUGAUGGGCCGCGGCCGAUUCCGGAGCCGGGGGCUGGGGCUGUGGACGAGGAUUUGCAAGGGGAGUUUGGGGGAGGCGGGGGCAAUCGCUGGGCGGCGUUGACGUUCCUUUGGUCCGGGUUGGAGCGGCAGGUGCGCGUCGAGGGCCUCGUGGAGCCGCUCUCGCGCGAGGAGAGUGAGCUGUACUGGCGCACGAGGGAGCGGGGCAGCCAGAUCGGCGCGUGGGCCAGUUGGCAGAGCAAGGUGCUGUGGCGCGCGGAGCCGGAGACGCUGCUGGAGCGGCGCCGUAAGAGUCUGGAUCCCACGCUGCAUCAGGUGCCAAGGAAUGUCGAGGAGAGGGAUAUCGACGAUGGGCGCGCGGUGUUGGAGGAGCGCGUGCGCGAGGUCGAGCGCCGCUUCGAGGGCGUUAAGGAGAUUCCGCUGCCGCCGUUCUGGGGCGGUGUGCGUCUGGUGCCGGAGUCCGUGGAGUUUUGGCAGGGUAGGAAGAGUCGCUUGCAUGACCGGUUCAGACAUACAAAUCGCAAAAUGCCCGACCCAUCCCCCGACCCCACACCUAAACCCACCACCACGACGACAACCCCCGGCUGGAUCCUCCUCGCCCUCUCCAGCGGCGCCUUCGCCGCAUUCAACGGGCUCUUUGCGAAACUAACAACCGACACCCAAACCACCACCUUCGCCGCCUCCCUCCUCCACCUCGUCGGCAGCACCACCACCAACCCCGAUGACCAUCCGAUCUUGAUGCUGGCUAUUCGAGGGAUCUGCCUCGCCCUCAACAUCCUCUGCAACAUCAUCAUGUGGGCGCUGUUCACGCGGGCGCUGACGGCGUCGCCCUCCACCACCAAGGUGUCGAUCACCAACACCUCGGCCAAUUUCCUGGUGACGGCCGUGUUGGGGAUGGUGGUGUUCCGGGAGGCCGUGGGCGGGCUGUGGUGGGUUGGGGCGGCGAUGAUGGGGACGGGGUGUAUUAUUGUGGGGAUGAGGGAGGAAGGGUCGGGGGGGUCGUAG